AUGGAGGUGAAGAACAGUUUCAAGAAGAUUAGUGUGGUUCCAAAUGAAAAUGAUUUUGAUGAUGCCAUCGUUUCUCUCAUUCAGAAUCAGAUAACAACUGUUAUCCCUAAGAAUCAUCCGUUUUACACUAUCCAUGACUUCUACACCCACGAGCUUUGGGUCGCACAGAUGAAGUUUAGUGCUAUGUUCGCUGCCGUCAGCAAGGAGUUUCCUCCCUUCAAUUUUAUGUAUCCCUCCUUCUCUUACCUUCUCUGUGGGCGCUACAAUGACCAUGACUACCUCCUCGCUCAAGGUCAAGUGCAACAUGCAAGGGCAUUGAUUAUCCAAAUCGGCCGGGUUUUUAAACAGCUAAUGAACCAGGACGAUUGUGAUUCACUGGACAAGUACAAGCGCCUUAAAGUGUCUGCUCUUGGGUGUUUGCAUACUGUUGCAAUGAGAUGCAUGCCUAGUCUUGCUUUUCUCGAAAAGGUCAGGCAGCACAUGACAAGCCUGCCUGAGAGCAAUCUCGAGGAAUAUGCGAUUGCUGCUUCUUCUACUACUACCAAGUUCGACGCCAUCUUGGCUCUUGAAGACUGCGCAUUCCCUCUAACUCUCGAUGUUCAUACUGUUGCCGACUUUGUUCGUCCUCAAGUUUUGUCUUGGCUUUAUGAGUUGGAACGUGGACAUGGCCCCAGGUACCGAGAUGAUCCAGUGGUCUUUGCAGAACAGUACGACAAUCACAAGGAGCACCACCUGGCUGCCGUUACCAGCAUGAAAUCCUUGGUUAUCUAG